AUGCCAGUCGUCCAGUCCGCCUAUGAUCCCAAGGAUAUGAAAUUCCGCCACCUCGGCCCCACGGGGCUGAAGGUGAGCGUGCUAUCCCUAGGCGGGUGGCUGACCUACGGCGGCACGGAGAAAGGCGAGAUCGUGAAGAAGUGCCUGGAGACGGCGUGGAACCACGGGAUCAACACCUUCGACACGGCCGAGACGUACGCGAACGGCGAGUCGGAGGUGGAGAUGGGGCAGGCGCUGAAGGAGCUGGCGUGGCCGCGCGACGAGUACGUGCUGACGACCAAGGUCUUCUUCGGGACCGGGCGCAAGGAGCCGAACACGCGGGGCCUGAGCUGGAAGCACAUCGUGGAGGGGCUCAAGAGCUCGCUGCAGCGGCUGCAGCAGCCGUACGUGGACGUGGUGUUCGCGCACCGCCCGGACUACGCGACGCCGAUGCGCGAGAUCGUCGAGGGCUUCACCCAGGCCAUCCGCAACCUCAACCUCGCCUACUACUGGGGCACGAGCGAGUGGUCCGCCGCGCAGAUCGUCGAGGCCACCCUGAUCGCCGAGCGCUACAACCUCAUCGCCCCCGUCGUCGAGCAGCCCCAGUACAACGCCUUCCACCGCGAGCGCUUCGAGGUCGAGUACGCGCCCCUGUUCGAGCAGUUCAAGUACGGCACCACCAUCUGGUCGCCGCUCGCCUCCGGCCUGCUGACCGGAAAGUACAACGACGGCAUCCCCUCGGGCUCGCGCCUCGACAAGCACAAGGACUUCUUCGACAGCAGCAUCAAGCAGCUGCAGACCGAGGAAGGCAAGGCCAAGAUCGAGAAGGUCAAGAAGCUGACGGUCAUCGCGGAGCGGCUGGGCGGGAACACCGCCUCGCUCGCCCUCGCCUGGGCCCUCAGCAACCCCAACGUCAGCACCGUCAUCCUCGGCGCCACCAAGGUCGAGCAGAUCGAGGACAACGUCAAGGCCCUCAAGCUGCUCGACAAGCUGACCCCCGAUGUGCUCGAGGAGAUUGAGAAGAUCCUCGACAAUGCCCCGCCGCAGCCGAACAAGUUUGGUCGCGAGAGGUAA